AUGCCACCAAGAGUCAUUGGCGCAGGCCUCCCAAGAACCGGGACCUCCUCACUGACAGCUGCUCUGCAAGCGCUAGGAUGUGGCCCCGUGCUGCACGGUCACGCUGGAGAUGGAUAUGCGUAUCUGAAGCUAUUGCGCGCCAAAAAGUCACACCCCGACAAGGAUAUCCACGAACUCCAGAGGAUUACUGGAGUUUCACUUGCCAAUCUGGUUGCGCCGUACAAUGCCACCACAGACUCCCCAGCCAUGGACUUCACCGCGGAAUUACUCGAGCUCUACCCCGACAGCGUCGUGAUUCUUUCUGUCCGGGACUCGGAUGAGCAGUGGUGGACAUCUUUCUAUGAGACUUUUGGGGUCUACUUCGGUGAUAAUUUGCAGGGACUCCUGCUAAGACUUCUCAUCUGGCCGGUCUGGAGCAUGUCCCCGACAAAAGAAGUUGUCGCCGAAUAUAUUGCGGGUUGGAAACGCCGCUACGGUUGUUUUACAUCGGACAUUCAUAGCAUACACAACGUCCGGAUUCAGCAGCAAGUCCCUCCCGAUAGACUACUCGUUUACAAUGUGAAGCAGGGAUGGGAUCCGCUCUGCAAGUUCCUGAAUGUCCCAAUUCCGAAUGAGCCCUUUCCAAACGUGAACGACAAAAAGGAGAUGUUGGCCAACGUAAACAAGUCCUGUCGCAAGGGCUACUACAUCUGGGCCUCCAUCCUUUCAGUCGCUGUCAUGGCUAUUUACAGGGCAUAUGAGCCCAUGGUGGUUAAAGUUUAG